AUGCAUGAAGGGUGGGCGGGCUGCUGGCUGGCUGGCUGGCUGGCUGGGGGUCUUGCGUGGAGCGGGUGCUGGGCUAUCGAUCAACCUUUAGCUAGACGUCUACUCUUAUCCUCCCCCCCGCCGUCUCUAACUUUACCUCUUACCUCUUCCUUUUCAUCUCUCAUCUCUCUUCCUUUUCAUCUCUCAUCUCUUCUACCCCAUUCAUUCAUCACCGGGGACGUCAGUGAUAUCAUCUCCAUCCCCACACCACACAAUUGCAAUGGCGCCCCCCUUCUCCCUCCACUUCCUCCCCAACCCCCACAACACCCCCCCACCACCCUCGUCAACCAAGAAUCCAACGGCCUAACCAUAAAAUCCCAGCACGGCCAACGCCUCUGGGACCUCUCCCAAUCCCACCUCACCACCCUCCCCCCCACACCCGCAACCCUCCUCCUCCGCAUCGGAAACCACCCCCCGGGCCGCGACCACGGCCGCACCUACUGCACCGUGCGCGUCCCCGCACAGCAGCGCAAAUACCUCUACAAGUUCUGGCUCGGCAUCGGCGAGUGGGUCGUUGCGCCCGUCCCCGCACCACAGCACCGCGCCGCACCACCCGCCCUCCCGAAUGCCACGGAAGACGCAUUUUACGGCCGCAGGCUUGCCCCCGUGAGUGAGGGCGUGUUCUGGGGGCUCGACGGCCUGCUGGGCUGCGGGUGGCAGACGGAUCAUGCACGGGUGUGUCCGGGGCGGCAUUGGGACGUGUGUAUCAGUGUCAUCCCCGCUGAUGCGGCGGGAGGCUCGCAGGACCCGCUGGUGGGGCUAUGGGGCGGCGGGGAGAAGCGGUUUACGUGUGUGAGGGUGUGUGAGGAUGCAAAGGUGGAGGCGCUGUUCCAGAACCUGAUUGGGUUUGAGCGCAGCACGCGGUGGGAGAGCCUUGCGCACUGUCUGACGGAGGUGGUGCGGCCGUGUGGGCCUGUGGGAGAGGUGGGGCUGGGGAGGAGGUGGUCGUUUGAGGAGGUGAGGGAGGGGGGCACGAGGAUGUGGCAGACGGGCUGGUUUGAGGGGAAGGAGUGUGUGGCGCUGGUGUCGAGCUUGAGUGCGCAGGUGGGCUUGAAGGCGAGGAGUGCGUUUUUGUGUGAUUGA